UUUUGUUUUCUCAAGUCAGAUUUUUUUUCCUCCCAAAACAGCUGCUCGGUGUGUGAUUGAAUAAUCGUUUGAUUACAUUUGAGACGGCCUGGAAUAAAUUUCCUUGAAAAUUAAAAAAUGAUUCGCCAGAUUUUAAGGAAAAACGACAUCCUAGUUCGUCUGCUUGGUGCCAGGUUGUACAGCCAGCCGGGAGGAGGAACAACCACGACGAAACCCACUGGGGCUGCUGCUGCUAGUGCUGUUCCCAAAGCAGUCACCGGAGACGUUCCUGGAUUGAGCAAUAAGUGUGUCAUUACCAAGUCUGGCCCGCUGGGUCCUGGUGCGGCUCGUGACGCCGACUACAAAGUACCGGAGUACUACUGCUAUGACAAAAACAGCUACUUUGAAGCUGAAAUCGAAAUGGAGAAAUUCCGAAUUCCGCAGCCUUCUAACAAACAGUAAAUUUGAAGAUUGAAAUAUGUAAAUAAUCUAGAAAAAUAAAGUUAGAAUUACUAAAAAAUUG